AUGCACGUGACCAUCGAGAAAGAUCCCUGUGCACAAGGAAUUCCCAAGUACCAGUUGACCGUGCGCAGUGACCUUUUCACCAAUAGACACACCCAGUGGUACUACUUCUGGGUCACCAACACCCAGGCCGGAACACCCUACCACUUCACCAUCGUCAACUUCACCAAGCCGGCCAGCCUGUACAAUCAAGGCAUGCGCCCACUGUUCUACUCCGAAAAAGAAGCCAAGGCCCACCAUAUUGGUUGGAAGAGAACCGGUGACCAAAAAAAGUAUUACAAGAACAACCUGGGGCAGGAUGGCUGCCGGUCCUUCUCCCCGACGUGAACGUUCCAGUUCCCACACACCAAAGACACCUGCUACUUUGCUCACUGCUACCUGUACACUUACACCAACCUACUGGACUUCCUUGCAGUCAUCUGCAAUGACCCGGUGAAGUCAAAGUUCUGCACGGUGGGUGUUUUAUGAUGAUGAUGGUAUUUAUGCCACUCCCUUGCCAGGAACCUGGUGUACAUUUUAACCAUCGCCACUCCUUCGCAGGACUUGGGGCCAAGAAAGCGCAAAGCGGUGAUUCUGACGGCAAGGGUGCAUCCGGGGGAAACCAACAGCUCUUGGAUAAUGAAAGGCUUCCUGGAUUAUAUCCUGGGAGACUCAAGUGAUGCCCAGCUCCUCCGGGACACUUUUGUCUUCAAGGUGAUUCCCAUGUUGAACUCAGGCGGUGUGACUGUGGGAAAUAACUGCUGCUCUUUAGCCAGACAGGAUUUAAACCGGAACUACAAAUCGAUCCUGAAGGAAUCAUUCCCUACUAUACGGCACACCCAGAACAUGAUCUUUAGAGUGAUGGCAGAGAGGGAAGUUCUCCUGUAUUGUGACCUUCACGGCCAUAGUAGGAAAGAGAAUAUCUUCAUGUAUGGCUGUGAGGGUAACAGACCCAGGGGGCUUGGCUUGCAUCCCCGCAUCUUUCCACUCAUGAUGAGCAAGACCUGUCCAGAUAAAUUCUCGUUCCAAUCUUGCAAGUUUACGGUUCAGAAGAGCAAAGAAGGGACCGGGAGGGUAGUGAUGUGGAAAAUGGGGAUCAGGAAGAGCUUCACCCUAAAAGCCACGUUCUGUGGGUCUACACUCGGAAAUAGAGAAGGCACCCACUUCAACACAAAAGACUUGGAAUCGAUGGGAUAUCAUUUUUGUGACGCUCUCUUGGACUACUGUGAUCCAGAUCAGAGCAAGUAUUUUCAGUGCCUGAAAGAAUUAGAAGAGUUGGAGAAACAGCACCCUGGGAUGGACUCAGAGAAAUCCAAUUAUGACUCCGAUGACUCUCUCCUAGAUGGCAUGUUGGAUUUAGAUUCGAGGCCAGAUCCGGUAACGUCUCUAAAUACGAAGAGCCCCACCACUCCAUUGACACCACACGGAAAGUCUGCCUUCUUUUCCCAGAGGAAGCUUCUAGCAAAGUCACUCCAGUGGUCUCAGCCUGUGUCUCUGGCCGGCGAACGACAAAAAUCAGUCAAAAGCUUAAUGAACUUCAAAGGGCUUGAGGCCGGGCAGAAAAAUUCGGUGGCUUGGACCUCAAGCCCCGAACCCAAGCGACCCCCUAACAGCAAAAGGAAGACCUUCGUUUCAGGUCUCAAGUUGGACAAGGGCACUCUGAAAGACAGGAGUCUUAAAACUAAAACAUCCAAUCCCGAAUUUUCCUCUGCAGGAGACCCCCAAUCCCUAGAAAAGAAAGACCUCGGUAAGGCCCCUCCUAUCUGA